AUGGGCGACUCCGUCUUCAACUGCUGUUAUGUUCCAAACCCUCCCCCAGGUCAAGAGGAGCCCACGCGCCUCCGACACACCGCGGAUAACAUGGCUGCCUCCAACCUGCCCCAGAUCUCCUCCGAUAAGCGCUUCCUAAUCUUCUUUGACUUCGACGAGACCAUCGUGGACGAGACCAGCGAUGACAUGGUGGUGCAGGCAGCGCCCAAUCAGGUGCUCCCUGACUGGCUGAAGGACACCUAUCAGCCGGGCCACUACAACCAGUACAUGCAGCGCGUGCUGGCCUACCUGGCAGAGCAGGGCGUGACGGAGAGCCAGAUCCGGGCGGUGAUGGAGAAGCUUCCCGCCACACCGGGCAUGCUCACCCUGCUCCAGUUCCUGCGCACGCGCCCCCCGCAGGACUUUGAGGUGGUGCUGCUGUCCGACGCCAACACCUUUUUCGUGGAGGCGUGGCUCCGGCGCACGGGGGCCCGGCCACUCUUCCACCGGAUCUUCACCAACCCCGCGAACUUCAACAAGGACGGCCGGCUGGUCAUGCGGCCCUUCCACUCCCACGACUGCCAGCGCUGCCCCGAGAACAUGUGCAAGCAGGCCGUGCUCCGGGAGUACGUGACCCGCCGUGCCAAGGAGCGCGGGCGUCCCUACGAGAGAGUGUUCUACGUGGGGGACGGCGCCAACGACUUCUGCCCGGCAACGGUCCUCGGGCCCAGGGACGUGGCGUUCCCACGGCGGGAUUUCCCCAUGCACCGGUUGAUCACGGAGAUGCACGAGGCCAUGCCCGGGGAGUUCAGGGCGGUCACGGUGCCCUGGGCCGGGGCGGAGGAGGUGGUGCAGCGGCUGAGGAAGAUCAUGGCGGAAUAG